AUGCAGCCACUUAAAAAGCACGAGUGGAAAACAUUACUGGACAUCAGAAACAACUGCAGGGAUUUCUCCUUUAGUUCGCUUGACCUGUAUUACAUCAGCUCGUCCAUCCCCUACACCUCAGACCCAGAAGACAAGGAGCCGCCUGACUGUGAAUGCCAGGAGAGGAAACGGCGCAAGCAGUGCAAUCACAAAAACAGAAAUGCGCGUUCCUUUGCAGACGUUAAAGCGGGUAAAAAACUGGGUCUGUUUUCAGUUGUUUCGUGUUUACGCAAAGAAAAUUUAACUGUUGCCAGAAAGGGACUAUCUUUAAAAUUGAGCAUGGACAAGAUUUCCAUAGACCUCCCUGGAUCUUUUAAUGCUCCGGUAAUUGUUCAAAUAAUGGUCCAGCCUAUAGAUGCAUCACUGAUGGCUACAUUGAAAUCAAAGAGUGAUGCAUACCACUAUGUUGUUUCUUCAAGCCCUACAGCCCUUUUGUAUGCCACCAUGAAGAAAUCAAGAGAGACAGCAAAUGAAAACCUCACCUUACUAGGUUAUAAAUCCAAAAAUGAACAAUGGGUUGUCCUAGAAGAUGUCGUAGUAAGGAAUACGCAGAAUGGUCUUAUUUCUUUUGAAUUGGAUGAGCAUUUUGAACGCCUCGCCGCUACAAUAACAUUAAUUCACAAUCUUCAAGAAGCUAUCUACAGCACUAUGGUUACCAUUGUUUUGUAUCAUAAAAAAGAGAAGCCAAACAGUGUCAUCAUUGUGGCUGUUCCCACCAAAGACUUGAGCUGGGAACUAAUGAUGCUUUGUGAAAAAGGAUACUCUCCCCCUGACCCCUCUGAGGAAAUCCCAAUGCAAGAAGGAGAUCAACUUGUAUUAAUAUUCGGUGGAAACAUUACAUCUUCAGGAAAUAAUGAGAAUGGAUCAGAUCAGAGACUAAAAUUUCACUCCCAAAGAAAGAAUAGAUUGACUCUUAAACUAAAGGAGACUGAUGAACUUGGUAAUUAUUGCUCAUCUCAUUACAAAGGCACAGCAAUACUUUAUAAAGUAAAAAAGGAGCAGAUUGUUGUGUCUGGUAAUAAACCAAUCAUCCCUGCUGAAUGUCAUCAUCCAGAACCUAAAGAGAGAAUCAUCAGUCGGCUUGUAAGUGCUAAUGCCUUAUUUUCUGAUCAGUCAGAGUCACUCUCUGAUAUGCUGCUGCACUGGUUGGCAGGAGAGCUGUCAGAAGAAGACGCAGCUCUGCUGGUCCUUUGUCUCCAAAUUAACCGAAGUUCCAUCCAACUUGUCAAACUAAAAAUUCCAGAGAAUCUGGCUGAUCAAAUAUUUGAACUUCUUGUCAUAUGGAGAAGAACUCUACCUACAUCUGCUGACAAAAUUGUUCUUCUCUCACAUUAUCUGUCCAAAUGUGGCAGAAGUGAUCUAGCGAAAGAUGUUAUUGUACAAGGGAGAAUCUACAGAAAUGCUAUAAAUCUCAGGAAAUGAAUCUCUGCAAGCUUGUCCAACUGGCGACUUAUUGACAAUAUCAAUGGAUAAAGUGAGUUCUAUGAAUUCACAAAAGAAAGUGUAAACCUGAA